AUGGAAGGAAGUGAUGAACCUGAUCAGCCAAUCUCAGCAGGGAGGCAAGAAAUUCGAAAGAAAAGAAGACCUAGCCAACCAAUGGUAGACAAAUCCCAACAGACUGACGUAUCAGAGAUAAAGUGUCUCUUGCCUAUACCACAACCAUGUGGCCCCAAAGCUAACCUUAAUAUUAGUAAUAGUCCUGAAAGCAGAGUCAACUAUGAGUCUCUUAGAUUAUCUUCUCAGCUUCAGCAAACUUGGACAAAGAGAAAGCGUGGGCAAGAUAAGGUUGAUAAAUGUUUGCAGACAGACAUUAUUCCUGAAGAGAUAAAGGAAACCAAGCCAGUUGAUGCCAUAGUGGUACCUGAAGAAAAACCAGAGGCUGUUGGAGAAGCAGCUGCUGAGUUUCCAGAGAGUGUUCAUGGAGCAGAAAUUCCAUCAAGCAAACACUCAGAUCAACAAAAAUUAGAUGGAUCUGAUCAAACCAUUCAUACUGGAGAUGAAGACAAAGAAAAGAAGAGCUUUGGUGAAACAAAAAUAGUUAUUGGCAGGCCAAGUAGUUCUUUUUCAAAGUCAAAAGAUGCUGUGCAGAAACGUAAAUCCUCAGGGCAGACUUUAAUUACUGAGCAUCCUGAAUUUCAACCUGCAACAAGUAGCAAUGAGGAAAUUAUGAAGAAAAGUACAAACAGAUCUUCAUUUAGUCAACAGAUCAAAGAAGAUACUCCAGUACUUUUAUAUGAGCAUGACUUUGUAGUUGAAGUAAGGCCUCCGACAGUAGAAAAGAUCUCUGCUGAAGUGCAAUCUCCACCAGCUGAGAAGGCCCCUGCAGAAGAAGCCCCAGUGAAAGUUAAGUCUCCACCAGCUGAGAAGGCCUCUGCAGAAGAGGCACCAGUGAAAGUUAAGUCUCCACCAGCUGAGAAGGUCCCUGUGGAAGAGGCCCCAGAGGAAGGUAAGUCUCCACCAGCUGAGAAGGUCCCUGUGGAAGAGGCCCCAGAGAAAGUUAAGUCUCCACCAACUGAGAAGGUUCCUGUGGAAGAGGCCCCAGUGAAAGUUAAGUCUCCACCAGCUGAGAAGGUCCCUGUGGAAGAGGCCCCAGAGAAAGUUAAGUCUCCACCAGCUGAGAAGGUCCCUGUGGAAGAGGCCCCAGUGAAAGUUAAGUCUCCACCAGCUGAGAAGGUCCCUGCAGAAGAGGCCCCAGUGAACGUUAAGUCUCCACCAGCUGAGAAGGUCCCUGCAGAAGAGGCCCCAGUGAACGUUAAGUCUCCACCAGCUGAGAAGGUCCCUGCAGAAGAGGUCCCUGCAGAAGAGGCCCCAGUGAAAGUUAAGUCUCCACCAGCUGAGGCGGCCUCUGCAGAAGAGGUCCCAGUGAAAGUGAAGUCUCCACCAGCUGAAGAGGCCUCUGCAGAAGAGGCCCCAGUGAAAGUUAAGUCUCCACCAGCUGAGGUGGCCUCUGCGGAAGAGGCCCCAGUGAAAGUUAAGUCUCCACCAGCUGAGAAGGUCUCUGCGGAAGAGGCCCCAGUGAAAGUUAAGUCUCCACCAGCUGAGGCGGCCUCUGCAGAAGAGGCUCCAGUGAAAGUUAAGUCUCCACCAGCUGAGGCGGCCUCUGCGGAAAAGGCUCCAGUGAAAGUUAAGUCUCCACCAGCUGAGGAGGCCUCUGCAGAAGAGGCUCCAGUGAAAGUUAAGUCUCCACCAGCUGAGAAGGUCUCUGCAGAAGAGGCCCCAGUGAAAGUUAAGUCUCCACCAGCUGAGGCGGCCUCUGCAGAAGAGGCACCAGUGAAAGUUCAGACUCCACCAGCUGAAGAGGCCUCUGCAGAAGAGGCCCCAGUGAAAGUUCAGUCUCCACCAGCUGAGAAAGUCCCUGCAGAAGAGGCCCCAGUGAAAGUUCAGUCUCCACCAGCUGAAAUGGUCCCUGCAGAAGAGGCCCCAGUGAAAGUUCAUACUCCACCAGCUGAAGAGGCCUCUGCAGAAGAGGCCCCAGUGAAAGUUAAGUCUCCACCAGCUGAGGCGGCCUCUGCAGAAGAGGCCCCAGUGAAAGUUAAGUCUCCACCAGCUGAAGAGGCCUCUGCAGAAGAGGCCCCAGUGAAAGUUAAGUCUCCACCAGCUGAGAAGGUCCCUGCAGAAGAGGCCCCAGUGAAAGUUCAGACUCCACCAGCUGAAGAGGCCUCUGAAGAAGAGGCCCCAGUGAAAGUUAAGUCUCCACCAGCUGAGAAGGUCCCUGCAGAAGAGGCCCCAGUGAAAGUUCAGACUCCACCAGCUGAAGAGGCCUCUGCAGAAGAGGCCCCAGUGAAAGUUAAGUCUCCACCAGCUGAGGCGGCCUCUGCAGAAGAGGCCCCAGUGAAAGUUAAGUCUCCACCAGCUGAGAAGGUCCCUGCAGAAGAGGCCCCAGAGAAAGUUAAGUCUCCACCAGCUGAGGCGGCCUCUGCAGAAGAGGCCCCAGAGAAAGUUAAGUCUCCACCAGCUGAGGCGGCCUCUGCAGAAGAGGCCCCAGUGAAAGUUAAGUCUCCACCAGCUGAGGCGGCCUCUGCAGAAGAGGCCCCAGUGAAAGUUAAGUCUCCACCAGCUGAGGCGGCCUCUGCAGAAGAGGCCCCAACUGAAAAGAUUGCUGCUGAACUUAAUCUUCCACCAACUGAAGAAAGGACUUCAGAAAUGGUCUCUGUUGCCACAAAACUUUCAUCUUCUGAAGAGGCCAAUAUUUCAAAUAUCUCUUCAAAACACUCCAUUGAUGAAGUUCUGUCUCCACCAUCUACAACACCUCCUGCAGAUGAGGCUCUGGUAGAGAGUGUAUCUACUGAAUUUCAAUCUUCCAUAACAAUAGAUGUUCCAGAAUUAGUAACUUUAAAAGAGAAUCCAAAAUUUGAAGGGCCUUUUCCAUUGCCUGCUGUUCCUGAAUAG